AUGAAUUCAAUCAUCAAGAUCUGCGCUUAGGUAAGGCAACUUAGUUAAUGCGGAGCUCCUUUUUAGGUACAGAUACUCCAUACACACCCUGACUGAAUCCAUCAACAAACCUUUCUCUCGACAAUCCUCACUCCCACCAACGACGUCAACAACGGCGGGCUCCGACACAUGGAUCGAGUUUGUUAGGUAGGUUUUGUGACCUUUCUUUUCCUGUUUUGUUUACCCUCCAUUGCCAUGUCGACGACCGCAACUUCCCUCGUGCCCUCGUCCGUGAAAAGCACCGCCAAUUCAGCCAUUCAAACCACUCGAAAUGUCGCCUCCGCUGUGCAGAAUACGAAUGUCACGUCAGCGUUACAGGAUACCCGGACUGUCGUCUCUCGCGAAGUCACCAACACCAGUGGUUAUGUAGCGCAAAAGGCGCAAAACCUGGGCUUGACACCGACGAAACCUUCGCCGCAAACCGCCCAGUUUUCCACGCCUCCACCGUCCCCAGGAACAUUCAGACAUCCCAAGACUACAGAGAUCCUUGCUCGGAACGCUGCCACAUCGCUUUUGGACGGCAGGAUACGAAGCGCAUUGACAAACACUGCGGCUCUGAUUCUCUCCUUUGUCUUCAGCGAUGCGUUCUCAAGCAGUGUAAAGCCUCUCCUCCACGCCGCCGGCGUCACAGAUGCCUCCGAAAUCUCAUCCACCCUCCUCUUGAUCAUCCGCCUCAUAAUCUGCACUAACAUCAUUCUCCUUCUACGCCCCGUCAUCCCUUACAUCUCCAAGAAAGACGAAAUAGCAGACAUACCUUUGACACCCUCACAACGCUCGCUGCUUGGUCUGGACCCGUCGGCGCAACCCACACCCAGCCCAGCAGGCUCAUCCCUCACAUACAUCACACCUCCGCGCUACCGACGAUCCUCAGGCUCUCCCUCAGGGGGUUCAAGCUUCACGACGCAGAACGGCUCGCGUGGUAUGACUAACACGGAGCGCCGCAGUAACUCGGCCAACUACUCGACCUCUCCGCUAUCCACAUCGCGAUACUCACGAGGUUUCUCGCCCACACCCUCGCAGUCCGUCCGCCGCGUGGAGCCAAGCUCAGCAUUCUCGCCAUCCCCGACAGCCAGUCCUUUAUUCCACAAAGCAUUGAAUCAAUCGUCCCAACAGUCAGACAUGGACUUCGGCGCCAGUACUCGUUCCUUCUUAGGCGGCAGCAUUGGUGCGGGGCUCGGCCGCUCACAGAGCCUACGCGAACGGCCAGGACGUGAGAGUCUCGAGUCAGCAUCCCCCACGCCGGGGGCCAAGAGUCCUCAGGUCGUGCCGGGGCUGAAUUACAAAUGGUUGUACGACAAGGGAAGAAGUCUGCCUACGGGCGAGUCACGUGGAUUUUGAAUAUUGAUACGUCCUGGCAAAUGGCUAUGAGCACAGGCAAGCACUACGUCGGGCUUGUGGCAGUAGUUUGGAUUCGUCUUAGCGAAGGAGUUUACUUGUACGUGCAUCAGAUUUCACUGCACGUGUGGAAAUAAGAAAAGUCCUGCAAACAAAGGUCCAUCUUUGUUCAAUAGACCACAGGGGAGGUCCAUGAACAUGACAUUCGUUUUCCGGUGUCCUUGCUCAUUGCCUCUUAUGCUGGCGACCCUUAGAGCGAGCUGCUGGCAUUGCACCGUCGACGAGACUCUAAAAGAGCGGCGAAUUGAGUACCUAGA